AUAAAGUGUACAAGGGGAAGACCACUCCUUACUUUCUUUGUGUUCUGCAAAACCUGCAAGCAUGGCUCGCUUCUCAUGUCUUCCUUAUGCCUUUCUCCUCAUGAUCGUUAUGUCUUUUCUCAUGGCAGUUGCAAUUGCAGGAAAUGUUCGUUUACAAGAUUGCCCCAAGGCAUGUGGGUAUAGAUGUUCAGCUACCAGUCACAAGAAGCCUUGCUUGUUCUACUGCAACAAGUGCUGCAAGAAAUGCUUGUGUGUUCCCUCAGGCACAUAUGGACACAAAGAGGAAUGCCCUUGCUAUAACAAUUGGAAGACAAAGGAAGGCAAGCCUAAGUGCCCUUGAUUUGCCCUUGAUUUGGAAGCCAACAUGACACAAGGAAUGUAGGCAUGUUUCAACCUUCUGAUCUUCUCUAGGUUUUUAUUGUAGGCCCAAACUUUUAUUGUCUAAUAAAAAUCAUUUUAACGUA